AUGAAUAGUGCGGCUCUUAGCUUAGCUGCGUCCAUGUUUGAAGGUGGUGGUUCUGAUAGUGAUCCUUUAUCUGACACAGAUGCUGAAUUAUAUAUUCUUGGAAUAAAAUAUAGAACUCCGAAUGAUACAUAUGCAAUUCUUGAUGAUGUUGUUAGUAGAUUUUGGUUUACAUAUCGAACUGGAUUUGCACCCAUUGGUGGUUCAUCAGGUCCGACAAAAGAUACAGGAUGGGGUUGUAUGAUGCGUUGUGGACAAAUGAUGUUAGCUGAAGGUUAUUUAAGAUUUUUUCUACCUGCAGGAAGAUAUUUUCGAUGGCGUCCAAAUAUAACUGAUCCAAUGUAUUGGGAUAUAUUAAACAUGUUUAUUGAUAAACGUCAUUCAUCAUAUUCUAUCCAACAAAUAGUACAAAUGGGACAUUCAGAAGGAAAAGAUAUUGGACAAUGGUUUGGUCCGAAUACAAUUGCUCAAGUACUUAGACGAAUUGCUUCGAAUGAAUUCGAGAAACAAGUUAAUGUACAUGUUGCAAUGGAUAAUACACUUGUACUCGAUGAAAUACGUAAAUUAUGUCAAAUUAAUUCAAAAGUUCGAAAAACAACAAAAAAAACGAAUGAUACACAAAAUGGCUGGAAACCAUUAGUGGUUAUUAUUCCGUUACGAUUAGGUUUAAGUGAUGUGAAUGUAGAAUACAUUGAUCAACUUAAGUUAUGUCUUCGAUUGCCACAAACACUUGGUUGUAUUGGUGGAAAACCAAAUCAUGCACAUUAUUUUAUUGGUUAUUUAGAUACUGAUGAAUUGUUAUAUCUUGAUCCACAUGUUACACAAUCACAUGUUGAUACAACUAUAACAGCAGAUGAUACAUCUUAUCAUUGUGAUAGAGUGAAUCGAAUGAAAUUUUCUAGCCUUGAUCCAUCUCUUGCAUUAGCAUUUGCAUGUAAAACUGAAAUUGAAUUUGAUGAUUUAAUUGCCAAAUUAAAACAGAAUCUUCCUCCGAAACCAAUGUUUGAAAUAUGUGAAUCGAAUCCAUUUGAUAUGCAUAAUAAAAAAGCCGAGCAUCAUGAAGUUAUAACGCUGGAUUCUGAUGAUGAUUAUGAAAUUGUAUAA